AUGGGUGUCACCAACAAGCGAACGAUUACCAAGACCCGACGCAAGACUCGCGAUGUUGACCAAGUCAAGGCCGAUAUGCUGUCACCUAAGCACUUGAAGCAAUUCAUGGAGACCAAGGCUGCCGAGGAUCUUCCUGGUCUUGGACGCCACUAUUGCGUCGAGUGUUCCAAGUGGUUUGAUACGGGUUCUACUCUAGUCUCGCAUCAGAAGGGAAAGCCUCACAAGCGAAGGGUCAAGCAGAUCGCCGAAGGACCUUACACUCAGGAAGAGGCCGAGGCCGCUGUCGGCUUGCGGACAGACAAUGGCGACCAGAAACGCACAUUUGCCGACGGAGACAACGACAUUGCCAUGGAUGCUUGA